UUGUCGGUAGAGCGUAGUUAUGGGUCACAAGAAGAAGCAGGAGCUGAAGCCAUGGUGCUGGUAUUGUAAUAGAGAUUUUGAUGAUGAGAAGAUCCUUAUACAGCACCAAAAAGCAAAGCAUUUUAAAUGUCAUAUAUGUCAUAAGAAACUGUAUACAGGACCUGGCUUAGCUAUUCAUUGCAUGCAGGUGCAUAAAGAGACAAUAGAUGCAGUACCAAAUGCAAUACCUGGGAGAACAGACAUAGAGUUGGAAAUAUAUGGUAUGGAAAGUAUUCCAAAAAAAGACAUGGAUGAAAGAAGAUGACUUCUUGAACAGAAAACACAAGCAGAGAGUCAAAAAAAGAAGCAACCAGAGGAUUAUGAUGACAGGACUACCACCAGCUCCAGGAGCACCAGGAAUGCCACCUGGAAUGAUGCCAAUGGGUGGAAUGAUGCCACCUGGACCGGGAAUACCACCUCUGAUGCCUGGUAUGCCACCAGGUACUCCCCCUCCUGUUCCACGUCCUGGAAUUCCUCCAAUGACUCAAGCACAGGCUGUUUCAGUGCCAGAUAUUCUUUACAGACCACCUACACCAACAGCAACAGUUCCAGCUCCACAGCCUCCAGUUACUAAGCCUCUUUUCCCCAGUGUGAGACAGGCUCAGGCAGCUGUCCAAGGGCCUGUUGGUACAGAUUUCAAGCCCUUAAAUAGUACCCCUGCAACAACUACAGAACCCCCAAAGCCUACAUUCCCUGCAUAUACACAGUCUACAGCUUCAACCACUAGUACAACAAAUAGCACUGCAGCUAAACCAGCAGCUUCAAUAACAAGUAAGCCUGCUACACUUAUGAUGACCAGUGCAACCAGUAAGUUGAUCCAUCCAGAUGAGGAUAUAUUGCUGGAAGAGAGAAGAGCACAGUUACCUAAAUAUCAACGUAAUCUUCCUCGACCAGGAGAGGCUCCCAUUGGUAAUCCACCCAUUGGACCAAUUGGAGGUAUGAGGCCACCACAGCCAGGCAUCCCACAGCAACAAGGAAUGAGACCCCCAAUGCCACCUCAUGGUCAGUAUGGUGGUCAUCAUCAAGGCAUGCCAGGUUAUCUUCCUGGUGCUAUGCUGCCGUAUGGGCAGGGACUGCCAAUGGUGCCCCCUUACCAAGGUGGGCCUCCUCAACCUCGGAUAGGAAUGAGACCUCCUGUAAUGUUGCAAGGUGGCCGUUACUGAUCUUACUUCAUCCAGUCUAAUAGGUUUGGAGAUUAAACCUUUUCUCAACUUGUGCUGUUUAUAUAGCCAAGCUUCUGUCAAUAAGGCUUCAUUGUGACUUUAACAGACAUUAUCUUCCCACAUACCAGGAACUAUUGGACAUUUAUUUUACAUGCAAAAAUUUAUUUGGAAUAAUAAAGCAGGA